ACUCUUCAUUUAUCAUCAAUAUAUGAUUUCAGUUUUUCAUGAACCUUCUGCAUAUGUCAGCGAAGCUAUGACCAUCUUUUAUAAGUAACGUCUUUGAGAAUCUUAUGAUUUCUAUGUCCUCUCGAGCUCAUAGCAUCCGAGCGUGCAUCAGAAGUGCAGGAAGCCAGAGAGUACUUCUCUAAACGCACGCUCAGAAGAUGACCACAAGGAGAGGACACUUCAUCAAGCAGACAGUACCUAGGUGAGCUUGCCCCUUGUGAUGUUGCUGAGGAGCAAUACCCGGCAUUGUACAACUCAGUCAACGAAAGGCUAGAAAUCAUUUGAAGUCGUUGACAUCCCAAGGAAAGUUUGGAAAACAGUUAUUUGCCUCAACCAGGAGAAGACAGGGAAAUUCAUCGUCAUUGUGAUUUUAUUCACAGUUGCGCCGGAGGAAUCUAUUUCACUUUUUAUAUGAGAAGGGUAAUGCCGUGGAGUCACUCAGGAGGACGUGUGGGGCCUAGAUCCAGGGAAAGUCCAGGGGUGUGCUUCAUGAUGAGUGGUAUACAGCUAACAUGGGUUCUACUCAUCUUGCAGAUUGUGCUUACUUCGUGUCAAGUCUCCUAUUCGGGACAAUAUCCAAGGAGCCGAACCAGGACUGGAAAUUGGUGUGAAUUCAAGAGGUCAAAACAAGUCACAUGUAAUGUUCGUAAUGGAACAGAAAUGUAUAUACAACGUACUGUUUCUCCUUGGUGUAACUAUCAGCUACGUACUAUGUAUGGUCAGUUACAGCAUAAAGAUUGUUCCAAGUCAUCUUAUCGGGUAAUGUUUCGACCAAAAUAUACAAUAGGAUACAGAACAGUAGAAACAACAGAAAGACGAUGUUGUCCUGGUUUUCAUGGCCCAAAUUGUAACGACGCAUGUAUGAAUUGUUCAACGUUAAAUGAAUUACAACAAAAAGUAAACAAUUUGAUUAGUCGUUCACGGGGCGCAUCUAUACGACCUGUAAACCAUGACGUCAACCUGGUAAACCCGGUGUAUAACAGUGCUGGUGAUCGUGGUACCACUACUCUUCGAGGUCCCCAAGGCCCACGUGGCCCUGGUGGGCCCGCCGGUUCAGCGGGGUCUCCCGGAGCAGUGGGUGCGAGUGGGCCACCGGGACCAGCAGGACCAAAGGGAGAUCCUGGUCCAAGAGGGCCUGCUGGACCACAAGGACAAACAGGGGCUCAAGGUCCACCGGGGAUUCAGGGCCUCCCUGGACAGUCUGCACCAGGUAUCGUAGGUCCACCGGGUCCUCCUGGUCCUCCGGGGUCCAUUGAAUCACUCGGAAUGGUUGUGACGGCUGCAGAGUUGAAAGGACUACUGCUGGAGAUGGCCAAGCUGAAAGAUCGUGUAGACAUGCUAGAUGAAUUCAUCAAGUUUGGACAAGGUGGAGCCGAAUCAAUGAGCGUUCCAUUCUUUCCAAUGUCAGUGGGAAGCAGUGUCGACAUCGACAUCGGAACACCGAGAACACCGGGUUACUCGAUACCCGACCAGGGAACCGACGGGUCUCCAUCCGGCAGCACGGUCAUCGGUCCGCCACAAGGCAAUACAAUGAUAGGAGGAGAAGAAGCAUCGGGUACUGGCCCAACCGACUCGGCGGCACUACUACAAACCGAAACUGAUCCGGUACCGUCAGUCGCAUUGCGGGGCGAUGGGCUCUUACCCCCUCGGGUCGUCCCCAGGGGGGAUACACCUCUAAAUGUGCCCUUUGACACGGAAAUAGAAGCUGCUUUACAUGAACCACCACAGACGCAAAUUGAAUCUUCGUCCAUGGACGCAGCAUCAACAAAACGUAAAACUGGGAGCAGCAGCAGCAGUUUAGUCUAAUGGCAAUUCGUACUUAUAUUGAUAACAUUUUGAUUAAAAUUUUAUAAUUGACUGUUAUAACCUAUGUCCUUCAAAUUUCUUUAAACUCAAAUCAUAGUUUCUGAGAUUUUUCUCUCUAAAUUUUAGUAAAAGCGUAUUUGAGAUAAACCAUACGCCAAGUUGUAUUAUGUUAAUAAUAUACCUCACACGUGUCAAAUGAUUUAAAUACUGCCCUGUAUUGUUUCUUAAAGGUUUUCGCUCAAUUAUCAUUACAAAAUAAAAUCACUACAAAGAAACUAUUUGUUGUAAGCUUAAAGAUAUUUAAUUUAAGAUUAAGUAAUAUUUCGAAUAACAACGAUUAUCCUCGCCCUAUAUAUUCUCUUUAAUGUCACAAUCGUUUUAAUUUUUCUAACGAUUCUAAAUCAGUCUUCCAUUUUUUCUUUCAUAACAAACUGGUGCUAUAUAAGUUAUUAAUGAAUAUCAGUAACUGUGUUUCAGUUUUAUGUAAAUUUUGAUCGUUCAAGUCCUCUUGUUCAUGAUUGAUUUGAGUUUUCCUUUGAUGGUGUGUUUUUAAUUUUGAUUAUCGAAUAGUCUGUACCGAUUUUUUUUUUAUAGAUUAUUCUCUGUCGUAGUGAAGUUUCAAAUUAUAUAUUUUGCUGCAUUGUUAGACGAGGCAGACGAUACACAGUAAUAUCGCUGUUUACAACAUUAUGAACCAUA